CUUGUUUCGCCAUGACACUUACAUUGGCGGUCGUUCUGGCAUGCGCCGGAGUCGUUAUGAGCUCCGUCCAUCCCCCAGCACAUGGCCAUCACCUACAGCCCGCUUACGGUCAUCAUGGGUCUGCUUAUGGUCAUCAUGCGCCUGCUUAUGGUCAUCAUGCGCCUGGUUACGGUCACCAGCCUGCCUACGAGCACGGUUACUGCGACCCAAGUGCUGUCCCCGCCUGCGCUGCCAACUCCACUCUCUCCUACUGCUUGGAAGACGCUGAUUAUCCCGAGUACGAGAUCAAGGCUGCCAUCACUGCCGAUCACCUCUUCGCCAAGAAGUACGCUGACGUCGCCGACCAGUCUGCUGAUGCCCUGGUACACAUGCUUACCAAGGACCAGGAGGAGGCUUUCGACUACUCUUACUACACUGGGGCCUCCACUGGGGACUCUCCUUACGAUGCCACCCACUGGGCUGGUCCUGAGGGCUACAUUUGUCCCUCCGAUGUGGUGUAUGCCAUGCCCAAACGUGCCCAGAAUGUGGACGGCAAGUGGCGUGUCAUUGUCAACGACGUUCACUAUUACAGUCAAACUGCCCGCUUGGAGACUUGUCUGUUCCCAGAGGCUGCUUGCCGCGCCCUUGCUCCUUGCUACCAGAGUCACUGCACCCAGAAGUCAGUGUACCACCGACUCCUAUCCUACGAUCCAUGUGACCCUUACAAGGGUCUCUUCAUCGACAUAUACAAGAUGCCAUCUGCCUGCUCCUGCCAUCUUCCCGCCUAACGCGCCACCACAACGCUCCUCAGCGAAGCGCCACUGUUCACACACCAACAUUUAACACUCCAUGGCCACCACGAGACCACCCACACGCCUGCCCCUUAAAGCGAGGAGAGCACCCAACGUGACUGGAGAAUUGCUUUCUUCACGUACAGCCACUAGUCAUGCCAGUUACUCCUGGGACGCUCCCUGGCGCUGCUCUCUCUCUCUGCUUUUCAAUUUCUUUUCAUUAGAUGCAAGAAGUUCACUGUAAUAUUUUUGCAAAUAAAUCAUUGAUUUC